AUGCGGGGAAUCGCAAACUUCCUCUCCUUCUUCUCAAUUUCACUCAUCGAGUCAAGGCUCGACUGGCUGCUCUCACCGAGACAAGGUGAUAACGACAACGAAGGAUGGUUGGACUACUACUGCGACUUUGAGCUCUAUGCAGGUUCUGGUCCUGCCAAAGGCGUGGUCUGUAACGACAAACGCAUCAGCGAGGCUUUGCCCGCUGACGAGGUCGACGAGCCAAAGGACUGCAGUCUAGAUCUCAAUGUCCCUGCCAGCUUGAUCCAGACGGUCUCCGAGCUCUCGAGCCGACAUCAUCUCAAACCGAGGCUCGUCACGACGAUCGUCAGGAGCCGGCUUGUGCGCCACGACUUCACGCGACCAUUCGAGCUCGAUGAAGACCCCAAGAAACAGGACAGCCUGACGACAUGGAUUGAAUAUCUCGGCUACGAAUACUGGUGGCUUGACAAGUACAUGCGCGAUAUCCAACGCCUGGAGCCAGAGCAUGACAAGCUGUGGCAACAGCUCAUCGAUGAAAAAAUGACGCAACCUCACGAGACGAGAGAGUCUGUGCGGACGAUGGCAUCAGCGAUGCAAGACCAAAAUGAGUACGAUCGGGCACGGGAGGCCGUACAGAAGGCUGAAUCGGAAGGGAGACGAAUCUACAAGUUGACUCAGGAGGACCCUGAACGUUUGCGUAUUCCCACGGCAAAGCGAAAAUCGAUGAUGAGAAUAGCUACAGAGAAACUGCUUGCUGCAAAGCGACGAUUCGAGCAGAUCCAGGUCCGAGAGCGACGAAGGACGGUAUUCAUAAGGGGCACAUUCGACUACGUGGAUACGAAAGGAUAUGCUGCCCGUCACCGUCCCAGACCGACGUGGACCCGACGGAAGGAGAGCGACGAAGAGGAGGCUCACCGUCGAUCAAGAGCCUCCCGAGAGACGAAACCCGAAGAGGCCUUCACAGCCAUCUCCAGAACGUUGGGAAUCACGCAGCCAGUCAAUGGCGCUCGAUACCAAGCGGUCCCGGGCCUGAAGGGAGCUGCGAAGAAGGCGAUGCAGACUAGAGUAUUGUCUGUCGGAUCUCCAUUAGGCUUUCCCGACCACGCUGAUAUAGAGACUCCAUCGCUGUCAGAGUACAUACACCACGGCAAUGGCCUAGUCCGGGCCGUCCUCCUCGUCAACGCUAAAUACGUCUGGCCCAAGGACCAGCCGACGACACCUACACUUCCGCAAAUCACUCUCAACGCCCUCCGACACGACGUGACACAGCACGGCUCUCUUGGCCCUGUUGACCACUUCAUGCGCGACGUGCAAAUCCAUCCUGUCAUCUCCACUGCCACUGCCACUGACGCUCACGUCAACCUUACGCUUCGCGACCUCCACGAUAGCCUCAGCGCCGACGUCCCGGUCACGCUGCAAUGCAGCAAAUUCCGGCGUAUAUUCCGGAAGCAUUACGCCAGCAUGCGCUAUACAGGCCCGAACCCGAAGAAGCGCUCUAGGGUCACGGACGACCAUCGGGCAUGGGAAGAGGAUAAGCGGGAAAGGGAGAGGGCGAACAAAAGGAUGAUGGGGCUAGGGGACGGAUCGGUGGGCUUAGAAGACGAGUAA